GCAUUUCAGUCGCAGGCCAAGCGCCGCAAGUUCCGCGCGGGGCGGGUGUUGUCAUUGUAUUUUCACGUGAAGAAAAGUGAAUUUUCGCAGGAUAUUCGGGAACGAAUUUGCGUGAAAAUGCCGCCGAAAAAGCGGGAGAGAGAAGUAGACGGGCAGAGAGGUCCGCGGCUAGAUCAUAUACAAGCAGACCACGAGCUGUUCCUGCAGGCCUUCGAAAAACCAACUCAGAUAUACCGAUUUCUACGCACAAGGAACCAAAUAUCACCAAUAUUUCUGUAUAGAAAUUUAACUUACAUGAGGCAGCGUAUGUCCAGAAGCCAUAAAUCGAGACGAGGCUUCAAAAUCGACGCGAUAUUAGAAAAACUAAUGUCGAAGAAUAAUCAAGAACAGAAUCUCGCUAUUCGCGGAUACAUGACACUCACUUUUCUAGGUUUUUAUGAUAAGAAAGUUGAAGCACCUCAUGAUCCCGUGAAAGUGGAAACGUUAUUAUUAAAAAUAUGUCACAAGAAACGGAAAGACGUCAGUUCGCCCAUUAUGCAGGUUUCCGUUGGCACAAGCGAAGUUCCAAUCAAUCCUUGCGAGAAUCAACCGCCUCCGAAAGCACCUACUAUAUCGAUACCUAACGAAUCGUUCAGUUUAAAUAAUGGUCACGUAGCAAAGACUUAUAUGCUUCUACUUAGAGUGUAUUGUACAUCCAAUACUGGCUGCCUUACGCAUAACUGUGAUUUAGAUGGUACAAGUCUACUCUACGGUUCCAACACAUCAAAUCAUCAUGGAUCAAUUUUUAAAAUAUAUGUACGAGCAUGCUUUCAUAAUCACUUUCUUGCAGAACCAGCUCAAAAGCGUCGUAAGUCGUCUACAGGUUCGAUUAAAAACGGAGGGGAAGACAUAAAAUUGUACGGUUCCGAGCUCAUAGUGUACGAUAAACAUAACCGAUGUCUAUUGACUGACGGCGAUUACGAGUUAGGAUUACAAGAAGUACAAACUAAUAUUCGAUCCAGCCCAAAGAAGCACAGCUCUUGGGAAUCUGUACCUGAUAUCAAGGAUUGCAGCCCGUUCGAAAUAUUUAGCAAAGGCCCGACAUUAAAAUUUAGGCUUAAUUGGACGACCGAGCCGAGCAACGGUUUGGUUGAUAGACCAGCUCCGAUACACCCGAUGCCGAGCGUUGACAACAAAGAAAAUCGAUCCGGAAACGCUGCUCUGGAACGCUCUUCCACGAAUAAUAAUAAUAUCAGUAGUAAUAACAAUAAUAAUAAUAAUAACAAUAGUAGUAGUAAUAACAACAAUAAUUCUACACUGCCAACACCUAGUCCACUUAAUCCAUCGAGAAUGACGACGACACUUAUUGAAAAGACGGACACCACGAUGGCCACGCAGCAAAUAGUUUAUCAGUUCCUGUAUAAUAAUAACAGUCGCCAGCAGACGGAAGCUUGCGAGGAUCUGCAUUGCCCCUGGUGUUCAUUAGACUGCGGAAAACUUUACUCGCUUUUAAAGCACUUAAAAUUAUGUCACUCGCGAUUUACAUUUACGUACGUGCCAAUUCCACAGGGUGCUCGAAUAGACGUAGCAAUAAACGAGUGUUACGACGGGUCCUACGCCGGUAGCCCUCAUGAAUUAAUCUCGCAGCCGUCGAGCGUCGCGUUCUCGAGGACAGGACCGACGAGGCGUACCAGCGUAACGAAUAUUUUAGUGUGUCGGCCGAAGAGAACUAAGCCGAGCCUCUCGGAAUUUUUAGAACUCGACGAGAAUGAAUACGAAAGCCAAAGACCGUACAUUACAGGCCACAAUAGGUUGUAUCAUCACACCGUUACGUGUUUGCCCAUAUACCCGAAGGAGAUGGACAACGACUCCGAGGGUGAGAACGACCCGAAGUGGUUGCAAACGAAGACGAUGAUGAUGAUCGACGAUUUCACGGAUGUGAACGAAGGGGAGAAGGAGCUGAUGAAAAUGUGGAAUUUGCACGUGAUGAAACACGGUUACGUGGGAGACUGCCAAAUACCGUUGGCUUGCCAAAUGUUUUUAGAGACUAAAGGGAAGGAAUUGCUCAUGAAGAAUUUGUACCGUAAUUUUGUCUUGCACAUGUGCAGUUUGUUCGACUUCGGCCUGAUCAGCCCGGUGGUUUUAUAUCAGACGAUCCAGAAGCUACAGGAGAUUAUGAAGGAGGGCGGCGAGGACAGCGACGUCCGAAAGGUUUUACAGAAAUCUCACGAGGCUCAAGUCGAGAAGUGGCUAGCCUCCGGGUGUCACGCGACUGCGGGCGUUAAACUCGAGACUGCGGCCAGUAAGGUGAACUUCAAUAAAGAAGGAUCAAAUUCUAACGCUAGACGAAAAACUACUCUGCCGCUCGGCUCGCCGAACUCGCAGUCCGUGAAGAGCGCGUCCAUUCACAACAACGUUACCAAGCACGCCAGCAUGAUGAACACAUCCUCGAACAAGACUGUUAAUCAUAAUAGCUCUAUCAACAAGAAUGCAGGAUCGUUCGCGUCCGUGCAGAACAUUACGAGUAAGACUGCUGCUUCCACGGUUUGCGCAACGAACGCGACUAAUAGUAAAACUUCCACGGUGGUUUCUAUACCGAACGGGACGUCGAGUCAGAACGACAUGGGACAGAAACAGGUGAACGAUGUGCCGGCAAGGCGUAAGAGUACAAAUUCGAUAGUUCAAAUCACGGAGAACGCGACGCCGUUGCGUCGGAAAUCAAUGGCGAGCGAGAACGCGACUAUCGAAUAUCACAGAAGGAAACUGGUAUUAGACUCGGUACCAAAUAACGGUAAUAGUAACCAAAAACCAGCCCAAAACGGAAGUAGCUAUUAGUAACCGUUAUACACGCAUAUAUACAAUACGUUGCUGUGCUAAUGUGUACGUUUUUGUACAGUAUUUGUUGCAAAUGAUAUAACUCCGGUUAGGAUGAUCGGCAUUAACUAUAGCUGAUAACUGAUAAUCAUUGCUCUAGCCACUAGAUCAAUUUUUCUAUAUAAAUUUGAAAGUUUUGACGGUCGAAGCAAAAUGACAAAUUUUCGAAUAGUUCGAGUGAUAGCCCUAAAUGAAAUUUGAUAAUACGAACAGAUAAAUUAUUUUGACUAUGCGAAAGCCAAAAAUCUUUAUUUCUUCAGAUAUGAAAAGAAAAAGAGACAAGGAAAUAUAAUGCACGCGUUCUUUCUUGGUCUAGUCAAUGAUACUAAUUUGUACAUUUUCGAUAAUCUGAAAAUUGAUUUGCUUAGUAGUAUAAUGAGAAUCGUAUUGCCUCGUAUACUUAUAAUUUACACGAUUUGCUAAUUGUAAUAUUUUAAUAGCAGAGGACUGAGAAGGGAAAUUAGGGAAUGUACGUCAGGUUUAUGAGUGACUACGAUUCGUGAACGAAGUCGAAGUAGUAGCUGGACGAAACCUUGUACGAUUCGCGGACAGGGACGAUAUUCUUUUACACGAUAGGAAAAGUCGUAUCAUCUGUGUAACAUUGAUUUGAGACCGAACUGGAAAAGUUAGUACAUAAUCUAUUAAAAGAUGGGACCUUCAUACAAAUUACUUCGUGUGAACUCAAUUUAAUAAACCGAGGCUGUAAGUUAUAAGUUUUACCCCCCUGAAGAAAAAAAAAUAAGGAAUAAGCUGUUAUAAAAAAAGUGCCUUUAUGAAAGCGAGAGUAUCUGGAUCAAUGAGGGUGACUGUCGCCAUUAAGUGUGGCAUUAAAGUUCUGCGUGGAGUACUUGUACUCGGAUAUCUGUCGAUUGUACGUCGUUUUCUCUUCCUUUUUUCUAGCAACGGUUUUUGUUAAUUGUCGUUCUAUCAGAUAAAAUUUAUAGAUAAGAAGAAUCGAAUGCAGAGUAAGAACUUUAAUACGUUACGAUGAAUUUAUUCUGUGUGUAUUAUACAGAAAUUUUACUGCCGAUUAUCGUUCGAAGAAACAUUUUACAUUCCCGUACGUGGUACGCGAUUACAAUGUAAUUAAGUAACGAAGUGUCUCGUUUCAAUUUUCUAGCGACGUUCCGAUUUCUAGGAAAUCAAUUAUCUUCGAACGAGUUUUAUCACUGUCCAUUUAAUAUAUUAUUACUUGCGCUAGGUUGUAAAUACAUAUAAUAAACGAUAGAACCAUGAGAA